AUGGUGGAAGGACCAGGUUGUACUCUAAAUGGAGAGAAAAUUCGGGCGCGAGUGCGCCCCGGCCAGGCGGUGGCGGACGUGCGGGGAAGCGCCCUGCAGAGCUUGGGAGGCCAGGUGUGGCCUCACGCAGCCUCGCUGGCUGUGGUCUCUUCCCAGGCUGCUGCACUGAACAAUAACAAAGAUUCCAGCCCGAAUUCCUUGAGACUGUUUAAUGGGUACGUUUACAGCGGUGUCCAGACUUUGGGGAAGGAGCUCUUUAUGUACUUUGGGCCAAAAGCUUUACGGAUUCAUUUUGGAAUGAAAGGGUCCAUCAUGAUUAAUCCACCUCAGCAUAAAAAUAAAAAUGGAGUUUCUCCUGUUUUUGAAGUACAGCUCACCAAAGAUCUGAUUUGUUUCUUUGACUCAUCAGUAGAACUCAGAAACUCCACAGAAAGCCAACAGAGAGUAAGAAUGAUGGAAGAAUUAGAUGUAUGUUCCCCUAAAUUUAGUAUCUCAAGAGCAGAAAGUGAAGUUAAGAAGCAGAAAGGACGGAUGCUGUGUGAUGUGUUAAUGGACCAGAAAGUGUUGCCUGGGGUAGGGAACAUCAUCAAAAACGAAGCUCUCUUUGACAGUGGCCUCCACCCAGCUCUUAAAGUUUGUCAGUUGACAGCUGAACAGACUCAUUACCUUGUGAAAAUGAUACGUGACUUCAGCAUUCUUUUUUACAGGUGCCAUAAAACGGGAUCUGUUAUCUCUAAACACUAUAAGGUUUAUAAGCGUCCUAACUGUUGUCAGUGCUGUUGCAAAAUAACAGUGUGUCGCUUAGGAGAGAAUAACAGAAUGACAUAUUUCUGCCCUCGCUGUCAAAAAGAAAAUCCUCAACAUGUUGACAUUUGCAAGUUGCCCACAAGAAACACUACAGUCAGGUGGCCAUCUAGCAGCGGGGAGCACUUGGCUGGCAAAUGUGAAGAGCAAUGGACGUGUGUGGUCUGUACGCUGAUAAAUAGGCCAUCUUCGAAGACCUGUGACGCUUGCCUGACUUCAAGGCCUACCGAUUCAGUAAUCAAGAAUGAAGAACAUUCUAUUGACUUUAACAGCUUAGUGAAGUAUCCGUGUAAUAGCUUUGCAAAACCAAGUACAGAAGUGAAGAUCAACAGGAAAACGGCAUUUGGCACUACAACGCUUGUCUUGACCGAUUUCAGCAAUAAAUCCAGUGCUUUGGAAAGAAAAAGAAGCCAAAACCAGAUACUACAUGGAGAAUUUCAAAACCCUCCUCUGGCUGACGUUUGUUUUAGUGAUCCACUGCACCCUUGCGAGGAGAGAGCACACCAGAUAACUCAACCAUCUAACAAAGUAAACGUAUCGCCUACGGUCUGCUCUCGGUCUAAAUUAUUUAGCCCAGCAUAUAAAAAAUUGAAAACAACCCACACUUCAUCACCAGACCUCAAAAGUGGUGACCCUGGAUUUUCUCACAGUGAACUUGGAAUUAAUAUGACAGACGGCACUGGUGCAUUAAAUGCUGACAGUCCUCGCUGCAGUAAACACAACCGCCUCUGCGUUCUCCAGGUUGUGCGGAAGGAUGGCGAAAACAAGGGCAGGCAGUUUUAUGUUUGUCCUCUACCUAGAGAAGCACAGUGUGGAUUUUUCCAAUGGGCAGAUUUGUCCUUCCCAUUCUGCAGCCAUGGCAAACGCUCCAUCAUGAGAACGGUGUUGAAGAUUGGACCUAAUAACGGAAAGAAUUUUUUUGUGUGUCCUCUUGGGAAGGCAAAACAGUGCAAUUUUUUCCAGUGGGCAGAAAAUGGACCAGGAAUAAAAAUUAUUCCAGGGUGCUAA